UCCUUAAAGCGCGAACGCGUGUUGUUUUCCUUCACGCUCGCGCUGUUGAUUAGUUCUGUUGUUGAGUUUGUUUUUUCCUUUUCCUCAUCUUUAAUCGUCGUGUUUUAUAACCUAUCGUUUUUAAAAUGCCUAAGAGAUCCUAUCCUUUCAGCGAAAGCUUCUCCUCGCAGUAUAAAGUCCAUGUUGGCCUGAAGGAGAUCAAUAACUGUGGCGUUUUUGGACUCAAAUACAAACAAGAGAUUUACGAGAAGACCAAAAGCCUGCUGUUCAACGGGACCAAAGCCGUGAUGGGUCGCAUCUGGAAGGCGGAUGAGGAGGAGAAGCGUCCGGAUCCGGUCCCGGGACAUCAGACGCUCCUCCGGGGACAGACCAUCAUCGGGCUCGACGGGAGACUGAAGAAAGCAGACGCUGAUCCAGGUUGUGCAGCGGCUCCGUCAGCGUGUUGUGUGUGUCAGCGGGUCUCGGGUUCGAGGAGGCCGUGUUCUCAGUGUGAGCGUCCGGCGUGUCCCGUGUGUGUUCAGCAGUGCAGCGUUUGCUCCGAGCGCAUCUGCUCCCUGUGCUCCGUCACCGAUUACAGCGAGCGCUACGAGCGAGUCCUCUGCUGUGGAUGUUCAUCCUGAUGGAGGAGCGCUCUCAACUGAUGGGUGCAUGCCAAGAUUAUUUUUAAUGCUUUACCUAUUAAAUGUAAAUGAGAUUACUAUUUUAUAUAUGCCUGCAUUGUUUCCUGCUCUUUCCCUUUACUUGUGUACAUACUUAAUGAAAUAAAUACUUGAUGUUGAUGCUUUC